AUGUUUAAAACCGAACGUUCUCUAUUUCCCUCAUUAAACAACAAACUUGUUGAUAUCUGCAAACAACUCGGGAAUAAUGAAGAACAUUUUCAACAACUUAUUAAUUAUUUAAUGGAUGAAAUUAAAGAAGAAAAAAAUUUUAAAAAUAAAAUUUUUUCAAAAAAUCUUUCCCCUUCCCCCUCCAUCAUUCAAUGCGCUCUUUUUGCAAUUUACCAAUCUUUGUGGAUUUUUCUGUCAGAAAUUUGCAAUUUUAAAAUUAAUUCUGCCCCAAUUAUAUUUUUUGGACACAGUUUUGGAGAGCUUUCUGCACUCUGUGCUGCUGGGGGAUUUACUAAAAAUGAAGGAAUGAAAUUAUUGUGGAAAAGGGGAGAGUUGAUUGAAAGGACUGAACCUGCAAAGAUGGUGAUGAUUAAACAGGAAGAGAGUCAAAAUCAAAAUUUGUUAAAACUCCCUCACCAAGUUUAUCUAUCUGCUCGUCUUUCUCCUACAAUUUCUGUUUACGUUGGGAAGCCUUCAAUUAUCGAAAAAUUAGCAAAUCAAGCAUACAAAGAGGAGAACAAUCAAAAAAUUAUUUCAACAAAAAUUUUGGAAAAAAUAAAUUUUGGAUAUCAUUCCAAAGAGUUUAUGGCCCCUAUACUUGAAGAUUUUAAAUUUUCUCUUUUGAAAUUAUUUAAUAAAAAAAUUAAAAUGUUGGAAGGAAUUGUUCUUUCAAAUUUGGAUGGAAAAGAAUUGAGGGCUUUGGAUAUUCUCGAAUAUUUAACUAGACAAUUGUCUGAAACUGUGAGAGUUGAUUUGUGUCUUCAAACGUGA